AUGUCGGCGGACGUGUUAAGUGAUGACUUCAAAUCCCGGCUGCAUUUGACAACCAAAACAGUAGGGCAAGAUAGAAUACGAAGGGCGAGGGAGAGUAACGAGGAUGUUGCCAUUUUAUCCAUGUUCCUGCCGAAUGCGACGGCUGAGAGGGAGAACAAAAAAUUCUGUUGUGCCAUGAGGGAUCGCUGUAUGCUGGGCGAUCCGCGGAAAACUAUUGCAGGUGUUUUUACUUUUGUUUAUGUUUAA